AUGAUUUCCCUAAUCAACCUUCUCUCGCUUGCUGCAACAGUGUCCAGCGCCGUGGCAGCCUCUCCAUUCAAGCUCUUCACCGCUCAUCGCCUCACUCAUCGGGACAAUGCCGCCACCGUGGCACCUCCCGGCCCUGUGCGCCAACUCCUCUACAUCGCCCCAGAGUCAAACACGUGCAGUGGCGCUACAUACCCAAACGAGUGCGCUGUGUCCUCCAUGCCCGUCGUUCAAGCCAUUGUCAAUUCCUUCGCCAAGUACAACGUCACCACAGCCGAGGAACAAGCCGCGCUCCUGUCCUGGAUGGUGUACGAAAGCGGACAGUUCAAAUUCAAUCGCAAUCAUUUCCCGGCCCCCGGAAAACCGGGCCAAGGAACGAGAACCAUGAUGUCGCCCGCCUUUGUGCAAGAGUACGCCAACUCGAUCCCCGAACUCAAGAGCCAAGUCGCCGCGAUAGGCACGGGAGCGAGCUUGAGCGACGCCCAGGCCGACCAGGUUCUGGCUCUAGUGCAGCCGGACCAAUACUCCUUUGCGGCCGCGGCGUGGUAUUACGGCACGCACUGCACAGACGCCCAGAAGAAGCAGAUCGGGCAGGGCGGGCAGCAGAACUGGCAGACGGCGUUUAUCACGGGCUGUGUGCAGACGACGAUCGACGACGACAGAAUUGCUUACUGGACGAAAGCGUGCCAAGCGCUGGGGGUGACGGUGACGCCGUAG